AUGUCUCAUUGCAGCAUGACAAGCCGAAGCGAGCUUAUGAUCGCAAUGUUUGGAGAUGAGAUCUCCAGUUCUAGCGGCGACGAGAGGGACGAGGGGACGGCGUGGAAAAGACGGCCGAAGGAGCCUACACCGCCACCACCACCCAGAGAGCGGAGGGUGCCUCGUCGGGGGACCUCUAUUCAACGGUCCGACGCAGACCAACGGCGAAAGGCGAGUUUCCUCGCCCAGCUCCCCCCACCACCACCAAGGGGACGCCGGACGCGAAGGAAGCUUCCCGAGGGGUAUCCCGCCAAGGUUCCCGCCGCGCCCCUUUCUACGCCCCCCGCCCCACCACCGCCCGCACCACAUCGCGCCGCGCCGCCCAGGCCCCUCGCGGCCAUUACGCCGCAACUGAUCACGCCACCACCGGCGCCACCGACCGCGCCGCCAAUCGCGUCGCCCCCGGCGCUACCGACCGCGCCGCCGAUUGCGUCGCCUCCGACGCCACCAACCACGCCGCCACCAGCGCCGCCGCACCACGGCUACCGCACCGUCCGGCCCACGCCACUCUUCCCGAACGGAACCAGCCCGGCACCGCCGAUGGGGUACACCCCCCCGGUGCGCGUGGCCUUACCGAACGGGAGGGUGGUGGCGGUGCCGUUCCACGCCGCCGUGGUGCGCCGAAAAUACCGGGUGACUGACACCGGCGAUCGAUGGAUAAUCUGUUUCGAUCGCCGGGGUUAG